CGCAUGCGCCCUCGUAGCACUGUUUGUAAUAAAGCGUCGCGUCUCUCCUGUACAGUCAGCUCGGGCAGCGCGUGUAGAACGGAUUGCGGAGAUGAGCCCACAGACAGUAGCAGUUUUGGGUCUUGCCCUGAGCCUGGGGCUGGUGGUGAGUGGUUUCCCUGCCGAGCAGCCGGAAAAUGGGAAGCACUGGGUCGUCAUCGUGGCCGGAUCGAAUGGCUGGUACAAUUACAGACACCAGGCCGAUGUGUGCCAUGCGUACCAGAUUGUCCAUAAGAACGGGAUUCCCGAUGAGCAGAUUGUGGUGAUGAUGUAUGACGAUCUUGCUCAGAGCCCUAAUAACCCUACUCCAGGAGUGAUCAUAAACAGGCCCAAUGGAUCGGAUGUUUACAAAGGAGUGCUGAAGGACUACAUCGGCGACGACGUGACUCCUCAGAACUUCCUGGCGGUGUUGAAAGGUGAUGCUGCCAGUGUAAAGGGAGGCUCUGGAAAAGUUCUGAAAAGUGGUCCAAAUGAUCAUGUGUUUGUGUAUUUCACCGAUCAUGGAGCUCCAGGUCUGCUGGCCUUCCCUAAUGAUGAUCUGCUUGUAGAUGACCUGAUGAAAACCAUCAAAUACAUGCAUGAAAACAAGAAAUACAAGAAGAUGGUGUUUUAUGUUGAGGCCUGUGAAUCUGGCUCUAUGAUGAAGCCUCUGCCGGUUGACAUUGAUGUCUAUGCUACCACCGCUGCCAACCCUGAUGAGUCCUCAUAUGCCUGUUACUACGAUGAGGCCAGAGACACCUACCUGGGAGACUUGUACAGCGUCAACUGGAUGGAAGACUCUGACGCGGAGGAUCUGAGCAAAGAGACUUUGGCCAAACAGUUCAAGAUCGUAAAGACCAAAACCAACACCAGCCAUGUGAUGCAGUAUGGAAACAAGACGCUGUCCCACAUGAAGGUGAUUGCGUUCCAGGGUAAUUCAAAAGGUCUUGAUAAGGCACCCGAGCCUGUGUCCUAUCCUACGAUUACUGAACAUGAUCUCAUGAGCAGCCCUGAUGUGCCUCUGGCAAUCAUGAAGAGAAAACUCCAGAGGUCCAAUGACGUUAAUGAAGUUGUUGGUUACAUGAAAGAAAUCCAUGAACAUCUGCAGGUGCGGGAACUGCUUGGCAACACAAUGCGUAAGAUCGUGGAGCAUGUGGUGCAGGACAAAGAGGAAGCGCAAGAUUAUCUGAAUGGACGUGAAGAGCUCACAGAGUAUGAAUGCUACAAAACUACCAUCAAUCACUACAAGAAACACUGCUUCAACUGGCACCAGCAGGAGUAUGAAUAUGCUCUGAGACACCUGUAUGCUUUAGUAAACCUGUGUCAGGGAGGAUACCAUGCCCAGAGAAUCACUGCAGCCAUGGACGACGUGUGUUACUUCAGAGAAUAGAAACAUGAACUUGUGAACCACUGAGGAUUUUAGGUGGACUACACUUUGCACAAAAUAAUCAGACUGUGGGGAAAAUCUGUCUUCAAACACAACUUUUGAUCUGUUUGACAACAUUUCUUUUAAUGAGGAUUUGCACUUUGAAAUUUUAAUGUGAUGUUUUACUGAUGUUUUUUGUUUUAAAGGAAGAAAUGUGCUUUAAGAUGCCGCCCAGUGACCCCUGACAGACACUUUGGGCUGUUAACUUUUUAUAUUUUAUGUGUCUGUGUAUUGAGUUUUAUUUUAUUUUAUUUUAUUUUUUUUUUUUUUUUUUUUCCUUCAGAUGCAUCCUCAGUGAAACGAACAGAUUUUUUUUUUGACAGUACAUCUUUAGAAUGACACAAUGGAAGUUUUUGCACUUCAGUUAGUGUCACCAUAAUUUAAAACUCUUUUUAAGAGUUUGGAAACCAAAGUUUUUAAAUUUCCAAUCAGCGAAUAAAGUCCAAUCUUACUGGAUGCAGAAUAGACGCAUUGAAACAAUGUAAAACGAACACUAAUUAGAUACAUUUAGCUACAUGCUUCACUAAGAUUUUCUUUUCUUUUCCUUUCUGUCUGCUUGUUGACUGAGCCAUGACAAUACCCAAUUUCUCUCCAGUAGUAAAAUCAAGGGAGGUCCUCUUUGGUUACUGACUAAAUGUAUACCUACCAAACUAAAGUGCAAACUAACCUAACUAUCUGAAGCCUGUGGUCAUACUUAACAAGAAGUGUCUUAAAUAACUGAGAUCGCUGCUCGAAAACAGUUGCAGGUUGAGCAGUUAAUGAGCAGGUGUAUUUAGUGUAAUAGUUGAUGUGUCAGGCUGUGCUAUUAUGUCAGGUGCCCUCCGUUUAGAGUAAUUUGAGGCCUGAAACCACUGAACUAAAGGGAGGUGUAAUGUUUGAGGAGUGUUUGCUGGAGUUUGAGCUCUGUAGAACAAGUGAAUUUGCACUGACAACAUGAGUUAAAACACUCUGUGAAAACAAUACACUGAGCUACAGUCAAUGAUAAGUGAAAGAUUGAUUAUAAAAGCAAUAAAAAAUCCUGAAUUGA